UUUCAAACCGAGUGGCACUCAGGUGCUGGCGCCAUCAUACGCAAGAAGGCGUCUGCAUAGCGGGACGGGAUACACUCCGGAGUAUAUUACCGUCAUGAGAAGCGUCGGAUCUUCGUGUGCUCUCUUCUGCGGCAGCACCAGCAUCGCUCAUCGACCGCCAUGGCCACCGAGGACGCUCUCCCCAAGCUCCCGCAUCGCCCAGAGCCAGCUCGCGAGAAGACCGAUGGGUCCCUCGACGAGAAGCUCAAUAACAAGCGCGAAGGAUCUCAAGAUGAGCCCUUCGAACUGGAGACGCAGGCGCAGCUCGAUCGGCAGCACGUCGUGACGACUGGGCAGGACGUCUCGCGCUACGUCGUCGACCUGCGCGACGAUGGGGACCCUGCGCUCACCUUCCGGUCGCUCGUACUCGGCACCGUCAUAGCCGGACUGGGUGCGGCCCUCUGUCAAAUAUACAUCUUCAAGCCCGUUCUGGUAUCGGUGUCUACGGUCUUUCUGUUGCUCCUCAUAUACUGCAUCGGUAACGCAUGGGCGGUGUUUCUACCAAAGCGGUCCCUCGUCAAGGGAACUCGAUUCGAACGCUACGGCGGCAUCAUCGAGUUCAUCAAUCCGGGUCCGUUCAUGAUCAAGGAGCAUGUGGUUUCUACCCUCGUCGCGUCAACAGCCGCGUAUGGGGCGACAUCGGUCAACAACUUCGCCGUACAGCGACUUUACUAUGACACCCAUGUCGGCCCCUUGACGGCCGUUUUUGCCACAUUCUCGACGCUGACUUUCGGUAUGGGCCUCGUCGGCAUCUUGCGACCUCUCACCGUGUACCCCGCUGAGAUGGUAUAUUGGAGCAACCUUCCGCAAGUGACCGUCUUCCAAGCCCUGCACUUCAACCGCCACGAAAGCACCAAGCGCGUCCGCGUCUUCUGGUGGGGCUUCACAAUCAUGUUCAUCUACGAGCUCUUCCCCGCGUACAUCUUCCCCCUCCUUAACUCCGUCUCCAUCUUCUGCCUCGCGUCGCAGAAGGCGAGGCCGUCGACGCGGGACGUGUUUACCAAUAUCUUCGGAGGCGGGAACGCAAACGAGGGUCUCGGGCUACUCAACUUCAGCUUCGAUUGGCAGUACAUCGGGUCGAACUACAUGUCGUACCCUUUGCUGCAGCAAGCUAACUCCUGGAUCGGCUUGGGGGCUUGCUAUGUAAUCAUCGCAGCCAUAUACUACUCGGAUGCGUGGGACUCCAAGAACUACAAGAUGCUCUCCACCUCGAUCUUUAACCACAACGGCACCGUCUACGACCAGGCCGCCGUCUUCGGCAAGAACGGUAUCCUCAACGAGACCGCCCUCGAGGAGUACGGCCUUCCAGCGAUGACUGGCUCGAACGCCUGGGCUAACUUUGCGCAGAACCUUGCUAUCGGCGCCCUCAUCGCCCACGUCACUCUGUUCUGGAGCGGCGACAUGCGCGACGCUGUCCUCCACUUCCGCGACGGGAAGAAGACGAACGACGACCCGCACUACCUCGCCAUGCAAAAGUACAAGGAGGCGCCGUGGUGGUGGUACUUCAUCCUCCUCUUUCUGGCUUUCAUUGCUGGCUUAAUCGUAUGCAUCAAGGGAGAGACCUCUCUGCCCUGGUGGUCGUACAUCGUCUCUCUCGCUGUCGGCGCUUUCAUCACGCCUUUCUCGACAAUCUUAUACGGGCGUAUGGGCAACGGUAUCGCUACGAACAACCUCAUGAAGAUGAUUCCUGGCGCCUUGAACCCAGGCAGGCCAGUCGCUAACCUUUACUUCUCCAUGUGGUCCCACGACGUUGUCUCCACCUCGAUCGGCCUCGCAGGCGAUCUGAAGGUCGGCCAAUAUACGAAGGUGCCGCCACGCGUAAUGUUCCUCACCCAGCUAUGGGGUUGCAUCCUCGGGGCCAUCGUAAACUAUGUCGUCAUGAUCAGCAUCGUUGAUGCACAGCGCGAAGUCCUUCUCGACGCCUCUGGCACGAACGUCUGGAGUGGGCAGACGAUCCAGAGCCUCAAUUCGCAAGCGGUGACCUGGUCACUGGCAAAGGAGCUCUACAGCGCGUCUGGCCCGUAUGUUAUUGUGCCAAUCGGCUUGGCCAUUGGGCUCGUGCCACCUUUCAUCCAGUGGCUCAUCUCAAAGCGCUGGCCCAUGAUCAAGGGCAUCAAGGUUGAGUCUAUCAUCCUGCCCAUUAUCUUCAACUACGCGCAGACAAUGUCGAAGGGCAUCACCUCGUAUGUAUCGACCAGUAUUGUGAUCGGUCUCGUCUCGCAACUGUGGUUGCGCCAGCACCACCCUGUCUGGUACCGCAAGUACAACUAUAUUCUUGGGGGCGCCUUCGACGGCGGGGCGCAGGUCAUGGUGUUUAUUCUCUCUUUCGCGGUAUUUGGCGCAAGUGGAGUCGAACGGCCUUUCCCUUCUUGGGCUGGAAAUCCUGCGAAAGGGAACGUUGACUAUUGUAAUGGCAACGGCGCGCUGGAGGCUUCAUAGACAGUGAAUAAGCCAGGCUUCCAGCGCUCCCUAUAUGUUUGUAACGUUGUAUCUUUACUUGGGCGAUCCAUUAUUCAUCCACUGUGUUCUCUUCAUCGAUCCC